AUGGCUACAAUUGAAGCUAUGCAGAUUAGGUUGAGGCCCUUGGUUCAAGAUACUCCUGUGUGGACUGCCAAUGAGAAAGGAGCAUUCUCCGUAGCCUCAGCUUGGAAUAUAUUCAGGAAAGUGCCCUUCAAGAUGUGUUUUACUGUAUGGAGAGCAUUGAGAGACAGAUUGCCGACUGAUGCUAGGAAUAUAUGGAGGAUUAUAUGUGGUGUUAAGGGAAUUCCCUUUACAGGGGUGUCUUUUCGAAUGUUACUUGUCAAUUGGUGGAAAGCAAAGACAAAGAAUCCUGUUGAAGCAUGCUUGAUAAACUGUUUACCAAUCGUCACAACAUGGGAAAUUUGGAAAGCUAUAUGUGGAGUUAAAUAUGGCUCUGAAAGACUCAAUAUAGUUAACACCCAGUUCCCAAAAUUCAACACCAAGCCUAUUAGGAGCAGCGUCUGCCAUCUAUUCAACAUUAAUAUUGGAUUCAAGAAGACCAUCAUUACCAAGUGGAACAAACCUCCAGCAUUUUUUGUGAAAUUAAACUCAGAUGGAAGCUGUAAAAAUGGUCUAUGUGGAGGAGGAGGAGUUAUGGACAAUUUGGGAUGCUUGAUUGCUGCGUUCACUAUUAAUUUAGGCCCUGGAACUAGCAAUUGGACAGAAGCACAGUCACUGUUGUUUGGCAUCAAAUGGUGUAUUAACAAUGGUUUACAUUGUAUCUUGGUAAAGACCGAUUCAAAGCUAUUAGUGGAUUGCCUUAAUGGGAACAAUUGUGUCCCAUGGAGAAUUUCAGAUGAGAUUAAUGAGCUUAGAAGUCUAAGGGAACAAACAAUUUUUAAUUUGAAUCACUGCUUCAGGGAAAGCAACCAAGUUGCGGAUAAAUUAGCUUCUUUAAGCCAUGAGUCUUUACAAAAUCAACUCUUCCAUAAUUUUGAUGAGGUACCAAGGCAGGUCAGAGGCAUAAUGAACAUGGACAAAUGGAGCUUACUUGCUUUUCGAGUUGUUGAUAAAAGAACAUAUAUUACCUUUGAGCCACCAUGA